AUGGUGGGUGAUUUCCUGAAGGAUUGUCACGUCGCAAACGACCCGCUUGAUCAGUCCAAGGGUCAAAAGCAGGAGAUACAGGACGUGGAUUCGUUCUCUCGCGCGAACAGACUUGCAAUGAAGAAGUCCGCCCUCAUCGCUGGCUCUCUCUCGCGCUCCGGGAAGCGCAUCCUCCACCUCGACCCGAAUGAGUACUAUGGCGGCGCUGAGGCUGCAUUGAGUCUCGCUGAAGCAGAAAGCUGGGCCUCGCGAUGCGCUGAAGCUACGGACACCGCGGUGUUCAGUCACGCUUCGAUCACCAAACCACCUCCAAGCGGCGAGAAAAAGCUGCUGUCUUCGCGGGCAUACUCUUUGGCUCUUGCGCCGCAUCUGAUCUACGCGAAGUCCAACACGGUGCCGGCGUUGGUGUCCUCGCAAUGCCACAACCAGCUGGACUUUCAGGCAGUCGGCUCGUGGUUUGUGCUGGACUCCGCGAGCAAUGCUCAAUCAGGCCUGAUCAGAGUACCAAGCUCGAGAGAAGAUGUUUUUCAAGAUACAGCAUUGUCACUAAAAGCCAAGAGAGGCUUGAUGAAGUUUCUCCGAUUCGUUGCGAACUUCGAGGAGCAGACGGAGACAUGGCACGAUAGCAAGGACACGCCUUUUCCUGCCUUCCUGGAGCAGAAGUUUGCCCUCCCAGCUGCAUCGCACGGACCUAUCCUUGCCUUGACUAUGUCCACUGCACCAAGCUCCACAACCUCUACUGGAUAUGCUCUACCCAGGAUAGCCCAGCACCUCAGGAGCAUUGGUAUUUUCGGUCCUGGCUUUGGUGCCGUUCUGCCCAAAUGGGGCGGUCUCGCUGAGAUCGCACAAGUCGCAUGUCGAGCUGGUGCCGUUGGUGGCGGCGUAUACGUGCUCAACAAAGCCAUCAAGGAGGCGACCAAGAGUGAAGAAGACAAUCGCAUCACUCUAAAGCUCAGCGAUGCCGAGCAAGUGUCAACGACUUGGCUAUGUGGCUCCGCAGAGACAAUGCAGACGAUAUCUCCUGCUCCUGACGCCUCUUCAGGAAGCUCUGCUACAGUCUCGAGGAGCAUCUCUGUCAUCUCAUCGCCACUGAGCGCCCUCUUUCCUUCGACGUCUGAGGGCGGCGUCACACCUGCAGGAGCCGUGGUUGUGGUACCGUCCUCCAACAAUGAUGGUCCGCCAGUCCACAUACUGGUCCAUACUUCUGAGGCAGGAGAGUGUCCGAUGAAUCAAUGUGUCGCAUACGCUUCCGUUGCAUUAUCAUCAGAUGUUGGGUAUGCUCAAAUCGAUCAAGCCAUUGCGAAUAUGCUAUCAAACUUCGACCAAGAACCAACGCCAGAAGUGCUUUGGAGACUACAAUAUCAGCAGCGGAUUCCGGCCGCGACUGACGGUGCGGUUCUCAUGGAUGGCAGUUUCAUCAGUCUACCGGCAAUGGCUGGCGACCUUGUUCUCGCAGACUCCGUCUUGAAUGGCGUGCAGCAAGCCUGGCAGAGCAUUACCAACGAGGACGAGAACAUGUUCAUGAAGUUCACGAGUAGAUCAGAAAUGGAAGACGAAGAAUGA